AUGAGCGCGGUCCGCGGGGCAGUUGGCGCAGUGGCGCGGCGGAUAGCGGGGUGGGACGUGGUGGGGUCGCGCAUCAAGCUGCAGUCGCUCAUGACGGAAAACCCGGGGCAAGGGCAGGUGGCGUCGCUACCGCGACAGUACCUUCUCAUUCCCUCAGUUCCCGCGCAAGCUGUCUCCCAGACGUUCCCCACGCGCGCGGGGUGCGUGUACGAGGGAUCGUUCGCCAUCCGAUCGCACCACGUGGACGGCUGGCCCGCUGCCGUCAUGCUGUCCGUGACUGACGUGGCGUCGAGUCAGCAGUUGCACUUUGACGUGCUGCAUGAGAAGAUGACCCAGGAGUGGACGGAGAAGCGCUUCACGUUCAUAGCAGCGGGGAAGCGCGCCGAGCUCACCUUCGGUUCCGUGCCCGCCCAGGGGGGCCGCGCUUCCAGCGGUGACGUCGGCGCUGCCAUCGACGACGUGACUCUUUCCAUGCCCACCUGCUAUGCGGCUAGCGCGCAGAGCACGGAGCAGCGGCUGCUGGUGGAGGAGCAGGAGAGCACGGCGCUGCAGGCACAGGAGGAGGCGGAGGCAUGGGCGGCGGAGGAGGCGCGGGAGCACAUGCGGAGCGCCAAGGACGCUGUCGCCCACAUGCACUCUGCUGUCUCCGCCACCCUCGCUGCUGCUGCCUCUGCUGCCGCUGCCGCUCGUGUUGGUGGUGGUGAUAAGGUUGGAGAGGAGAAGCGCGAUGGGGAGCAACCCGUGGAGUCACACGUGCAUGGGCGGGGGCUGCUGGGAUCACCAGGCAGCAGUCAGCAGCACCACAAGCCCCCGCCGGCCCCUCACGCACCGCAGCACCACAGCCCACCAACCCCCACAACUAAAUCACCAUCCGCGCUCUUCCCUUCCCCAGUCCCCCCGGCAACUCGCAAGCUAGCCCACUCCACCGCUGCUACCGCUCCGCCGUCCCUGCCCCCACCUUCCCCUCCCCCGCCGCCACCCCCUCCCCCUGGCCCAUGGUACGGGCUGUUCAGCGCGGGCAAGGCGCUGAGCACGAUUCUGGUGCCCAUGGGGGCGCGCAACGUGAAGGUCAGCGGUAACUCCGUGAAUAUAACGUCGGAUAGCGGCAACAGCAGCGCCACCAUCACCAAAGGGUCGCGGUGGCAGUCCCUGAGCAAGUACUCAUCAGGGGUGUUUCAAGCGCGCAUGACGUGCCCUGCCAACGACACCAACGGCCUCCUCUUCUCCUUCUUCCUGAGCACGAUGGCAGGGGAGGGCAAUCACAGCGGGGUGAGUUUUGACUUCCCCGGGCCCAACAAGACGCAGCUGUACGCCACGCAUCACGUCAACGGCCGUGCCUACCCCAUAACCGUGCCGCUCAACUUCUCCUGUGACGCGCAGCCGCACCUCUACACCAUAUACUGGGACGCCAAGUACACCGCGUGGUACGUGGAUCAGGUGUUGGUGCGGCUGCUGCAGUUCCGCCCCAAGCGCUCCUACCCCACACAGCCCAUGUACCUGUACGGCACACUGCGCCCCGCUGCCGCCACCAACAUGGCCAAGCGCGCGGGCAUCGCGAGGGGCAACUACACCAACACCGCCCAGUGGACAGGCAUCACGGUGAUCGGGCCCCUCAUGGCGCAAGUCGGCCCAGCACCCCCCAAGAAGCCGCCAGCAGCGGUGCAGUGGCCGCGCACGAACGGCAGUAUCAUGGCUCCCCUCAUGGUGGACUACUGCGACGACCACUGCCUCUCCUGCGCCAACAGCACUGACGGCUCUGCUACCAUCCGCUACGACAACCACUGCGGGUCUCGCUUCCGGUCAUCACUGCCCUACUACUUUGCAUUCAUCAGUGGCGACGUGCGCUGUGCCCCGGGACUCACCAGCGGCAUCGUCACCAGCUUCUAUAUGUCAUCACUGGAGGGCAGUGGCAUACAGGACGAGAUAGACUUCGAGUGGCUGGGCAGGAACAAGUCCAUGGUGCAGACCAACUUCUACGUGGGCGGCGUGGGCGGGCGGGAGAAGAUCGUCGACCUGGGCUUUGACUGCUCGCAGGCCUUCCAUAACUACGCCAUCCUCUGGACGCCCUCCCAGCUCGUCUGGUUCAUAGACUACAAAGCGGUGCGUGUGGAGUACAACGCCUCCUCCGUUCUCCCCGCCACCAAGCGCAGCAAGCCGGGCGCGCCUGUGCCGUCCAAAGCAUACCCCUCCAAGCCCUCUUUCUUCUACGCCAGUAUGUGGGAUGCCAGCAGUGCAGGCAACGGGUGGUGGGCGGGCAACAGAAGUGCGUCCACCGUGAACAACCCCAACUGGGCCAUCUUUGCCCGGUACAAGAACCUACGGCGCUGGGACGUACCGCACACUGCGCGCUUCCGCGCUUCCUCUCCGCACUCUUUUCCGCCUUCUCACUUCCGCUCCGCGUUCCCCAUGACUGCCAAAGCGCGCUCUGCGGCGCACUCCCCGCCCGCAGUCGCCCCCUGCCCCGUCUUCGCCAGCAGCGCGCUCGAAUGGACUCCGCUCGGCCGCUUCCACCGCUUCCUCGGCGCCGCCUCCCUCCCCCGCCGCAUUCAGCGCUUGCGCCGCCGGCGCCACCCUGCUGCGCGCAAGGCGCUUGGCGCAAGCCGACAACGGCGCAUUCCGCCCUCCCUGUCAGCAGCCGCGCGGGGAGACACCCUCCUGCCCGGAGGCGCUCCGCCAUCGGAUGAUUCACAGCCGUCGCCGCAGGACCAUGAGCAGCAGGAACAGCAGCGGCGAAGGCGCCGCGAGGGGCGGCGAGUGCGGUUCGACGUUGGCGACAACGACGACGACGAGGCUAGGAAAGAGACUGGCGUUAACGACAGCAGCAGCCGGCAGCGGUUCGGAUUGGAGCGUGGCGGGCAUCCGUUGGGCGUGCAACCCCUAGGGAACCUCUUCCUGCGCACCGACCAUAACCCCCUUAAACCCCUCCGCAACGCGCGCGACGCGGGGCUCGGCGCGCUGCGGCGCCUGCCGGACCCGAUCCUGCUGGACAUCGUGGGGCGGCUGCCCGCCGAGUCGCUGUGCCACGUGGGCAUGGCGAGCCGCGCGCUGCACGUGGUGGUGCAUCAGGAGGAGCUGUGGCGCGCGCUUGUGCUGGAAUCCGCGGAAGGCGGGUUCGAAUGGGAGGCGAGCUGGCGGUGGACUUACGUGAAGUGGCGCAUGGGCGCACGGGGGCAGGCGGAGGGGGCGAGGGAAGGGGUGGCGGAAGGAAAGGAGGGGACGGAGGAGAAUGGAAAGGGAGAAGCAGGCAAGGCUGGGAAGGGCGUGAAACGGAAGGAGAAGCAUGGGGAGGAGCGCGGGGUGUUGCAGUACCGACCGCCAUUGAAGGUACCGGACUUCUAUUCGGACUAUUUCUUCCAGAGCUGGCUCUGCACCAGCCUCGCCCUGCCGCCCGCCUGGACCACCCACGACAACAUCCCGCGCGUCGCCGCCGCCGCCCUCUCGCCCUCCGACUUCGCCGCCCGCUUUGAGCGCCCGGGGCGGCCCGUGAUCAUCACGGGCGCCAUCAGCCACUGGCCGGCGCUGUCCCGCUGGCAGGACCGCGAGUAUCUGCUCUCUGCAGCGGGCGGCAAGACGUUUGCGUGCGGGCCGGUGGAUUUGAGUUUGGAUCAGUACUGGCGGUAUGCGGACGGCGUGCAGGAGGAGCGGCCUCUGUACGUGUUUGACCCGCGGUUUGGUGAGAAGGCGCCUGCUCUGGUGGGGGACUAUGAGGUGCCCGAGUAUUUCCGGGAAGACCUGUUUCAAGUGUUGGACCUGGGGACGGGUGAUGGGGAGAAUGGGGAUGAGAAUGGGGGCGAGCGGGACGGGGGGGGGGCUGGGGGAGAAGGGGGAGAUGGGAUAGACGGAAGUGCGGGCGAGAGGGGAAGAACGGGGGAAUGUGGGGAAGAGGAGGCAGCGGAGGGAGGCGGAGAGGGGCAAGGGAAGAAGGAGGAGGCGAGUGGGCGGCCUGAUUUCCGGUGGCUGAUCAUGGGCCCUGCACGGUCGGGGUCGUCAUGGCACAUAGACCCCAACUCCACGUGCGCUUGGAACGCCGUCAUCACCGGCUCCAAGAAGUGGAUUCUCUUCCCGCCCAACGAGGGCCCGCCACCUGGCGUGCGCGCGAGCCCCGACGGUGCUGACGUGGCGGCGCCGGUGUCGAUCACCGAGUGGUUUAUGAAUUAUUACGAGGAGAUGCGGCGCGGGGCGGUGACGGCGUACGAGGGGGUGUGUGCGGCGGGCGAGGUGAUGUUUGUGCCGCAUGGGUGGUGGCACAUUGUGCUCAACCUGGAGGAGUCCAUUGCUCUCACUCAAAACUACGUCUCCAGCCCUGUCUUUCCUCUCGCACCCUCCCUCCCAACUCUCUCCCCUCCCAACUCUCUCCCCUCCCAACUCUCUCCCCUCCCAACUCUCUCUCCUCCCUUUCUCCCCCUCCCUUUCUCCCCUCCCCCCUGUUCCUCUCCCGUCUCCCCUCUUCCCCUUCCCCCUCAAACCCCACCCCCCAGUGCAAACCUGUUGGACGUGAUGCGGUUCCUGCAGCGCCCCAAUGCGCGGGUGCUGGUGUCAGGCAUGGGAGAGGGGCAGCGCGAGGGGCUGCACGACCGCUUCCGUGAGUGCCUGGCAGCGCACCGCCCGGGGCUGCUGGAGAGGGAGGAGAGGGACGAGGAGGAGCGCGAGCGUAGGCGCAAGCAGAAGGCUGCUUUCUGGGAGCAAGCGGCUAAUGCGGGUGAUGGGGGGUUCAGAUUCGGAUUCUAG